AAAGCUCAAGUCAUUCGCGUUAAGGAAGUGGUAAGACAUUGAUCGUGCCACAUAGAAUAAUAUAAAAGAAAUAAAAAAAAGGAAUUAAUUUUAAUAUAGAAAAUUGCAAUUGCAUUGUGCGGAUAGCUUGUGAAAUUAGUGAGGUGCAAAAUACACAUCAAAAGAAAAUAAAAUAAAAUACUCGCUCACUUGCUGUAAGAAACAGAAAAGUACAAGCAACGUAAAGUGAAAACAAAAUUCCGAUUUUCAAUUUCAAUUAACGCUCGUGUAAAGUGCAUUCAUCAUCAAUUAAAGGAAUUGAAACUAAAGUGACGUUUAAGGUGAAAAUAUCAAAAAAGAAGAUCACUUAAACGACGCAUUAGCAAAUUUAGUACAAAGACAAACCUUAAAGGAAAGCAGAUUUCAAGGCUUAUCUUUUUCAACAAAAGUAUUAAUAGUUUAAUAAGAAACGUUAAAACAACACUCAUACACACACACACACACACACAGUCAAAAUGAAUGCCGAAGAAUUUCGAAAGUAUGGCAAGGAUAUGGUGGAUUACAUAUGUGAUUAUGCGCAAAAUAUUGAGAAACGUGAUGUGGCGCCCACGCUGGAUCCAGGAUAUUUAAAGAAACUGAUACCAGCCAAAGCGCCAUUAAAGCCGGAAAAAUUCGAAGAUGUUCUCGCCGAUUUCGAGGAAAAAGUAAUGCCUGGCGUUGUACAUUGGAAUCAUCCGAAAUUCUUCGCAUACUUUCCUUCGGGCAACUCGUUUCCCUCGAUUUUGGGUGAUAUGCUCAGCGCAGCAGUCGGUUCGAUCGGUUUUUCAUGGGCCUCCUCACCUGCUGCCACAGAACUCGAAACCAUCGUACUUGAUUGGUAUGCCAAAGCGCUCGGUCUGCCCAAAGCCUUCAUCAGCGAUCUGCCCGGCAGUCGUGGCGGUGGCGCACUACAAGGUUCCGCCUCUGAAUGUACACUUGUUUGCAUGAUCACAGCACGUUCGCGUGCCAUACAAAAGCUGAAGGGUAUGUGCUCGGAGAUACAUGAGAGCGUUUUUUUGCCACAAUUGAUCGCGUAUGCUAGCAAGGAGGCACACUCUUCAGUGGAGAAAGCGGCAAAAAUGGCGCUGGUCAAAUUGCGCAUCAUCGAGGCGGAUGAACGUGGACGCAUGCGUGUUGACUUACUGCGUCAGGCAAUGCAAAAUGACGCAAAUGCCGGUCUGACGCCAUUUUUCGUUGUCGCCACUGUUGGUACGACCGGCGCUUGCGCUUUUGAUAAUCUCACAGAAAUUGGUAAAGUGUGCCGUGAAUUGCCGAAUGUGUGGUUCCAUGUGGAUGGCGCGUAUGCGGGUAACUCUUUCAUACUGCCGGAAAUGCGUAAAUUCUCUGAAGGCCUCGAGUUUGCCGACUCAUUCAAUACGAAUCCCAAUAAACUGUUGCUCACCAAUUUUGAUGCAUCCGCUAUGUGGGUGAAGGAUGUGAUGAGUUUGAAGACGGCAUUGAAUGUUAAUCCUCUGUAUUUACAACACGAACAUGACAAGGCGAUAGAUUAUCGUCAUUAUGGCAUACCACUGAGUCGUCGUUUCCGUGCGCUCAAAUUGUGGUUCGUCUUUCGUUCGUAUGGUAUUAUGGGUCUACAGGCGUACAUACGCAAUCAUAUGGCGUUGGCGAAGAAAUUCGAAAUGCUCGUGCGUAAAGAUGAUCGCUUCGAGGUGCGAAAUGAUGUGUACUUGGGUUUGGUUUGCUUCCGCAUGCGCGCCGAGGAUACUUACAAUCAGGAGUUGUUGGCGCAAAUCAAUCAUUCGGGGAAAAUGCAUAUGAUACCGUCAAUGGUGAAUGGCAAAUAUGUGAUACGUUUCUGUGUGACGUACGAGCAUGCGACGGAGAAGGAUAUAACCGACGCCUGGUCUGAGAUCAAAGCCUUCGCCGAUGACAUUCUACGCGACGUACCCACACUCUCGCCCACACCCGAGAAGGAGAAAGUCAUGUCCGAACCACAACCCAUCAUUGGCAAACCGCCAAUCAAGAAGAAGCUUACACGCACCAAAUCCUUACGUUUCUCCUUCACACGCAGUAUAUCACGUGAAAUGUACGAAAGUCAAAAUGAACAUCUCAAGGAUGGUUGUACGCCGAUUCUGGUCGUUGACUCUAAUGCCAUGCUCCAAAGUUUUAUGAAAGCAACAGCGGAUCAAAAUAAAUUGCGUGGCAUUGAGGAUGUGGACGCUGAUGAGGCGAGUAAUUAGCCAGUGUUCUAAAGGAAUUAGUCAAGAGUCAAAGCAGAAGCAUUGAGGCCUAGUCGCUGGGCGUCAAACCAUUGCACUACACACACUGUUACAUAAAAUAUUUAAAAAAAAAAAAAAAA